GAAAACACAGAGAGAGAGAGAGAGAGAUUCGUCUUCAGCAAUUCUUUCUUUUAUUUUUUCUCCUCAUCGGAAGAAAAGAAAAAAUAAAUAAAAAACAGAUACACAAAUCGCUCUCUCCUCCCUCGUCAAAAGCCUUUCUGUCUCUCUUCUUCUUCUUCUUCUUCUUCGUCUUCUUAUUUCUGUUCAAUUCGACUCGGUAUCUCAACUCAACUCAGCUUCCGUUGAUCUUUCCGGCGAGGGUUCAGCCUUCUCCAACUCAGAGUUUCCUUGGGUUUUGGAAUCACGGAGGAAUUCGUGCAGCAUGAGCAAAGACAGUCCCGGAGAAGAGGAUAAAUAGGUUCCCGAUUGUUUUUUUUUUUCCCGCGAGGGGAUAUUCCCGGAGUUGUUGGGCGGUUGGAUUUUGGCAUUCCAUGGGCGAUGGUGGCGUUGCAUGCGUGCCUUCGCAGCAUAUUGUGGAGCGGUUUUCAAUUUGCGGAGGUAGUAGUAACGGCAACAGCGCUAACAACAAUGGAGGCAACAACAAGCUUAGUUCUUCUACCAAAAGAGUUACCAAAGUGAAGACCAUGAAGAAGAUCAAAAAGGUUAAAGUCAAAAAAGGGGAAUUGAGAUUAAAGAGUAGUGUGAAUAGUGGGAAAGUAGUUUUAGCUAGUAACAAUAUUAGUAAUAGUGACAUAAAUAACAACACCAAUGCUGUCAAUGACUCGAAUAAGGAUGAAGUGGAGGAAGGGGAAUUGGGCACUUUGCCCAUUGAAAAUGGGGAGUUUGUCUUGGAGAAGCCUGCUGAGAAUCACGAGGUAAAGAGUGAAACCGAGAAGGGUGAGGCUGCAGUGGACAAGUGGAAGAAAAGCGGCCAGGUUGAAAAGAAGGAGCUUCCAAGUGGUAGAUGGCAGAAAACUGAAGAGAAUACUGCUGGAUCAUGGAGGCCGUCCUCAAAGGACGAAUUGGAGAAAGGGGAAUUUGUGCCAGAUAGGUGGCGAAAGAGUGAAUUGGCGCCCAAGGAUGAUUUCAGCUACUCGAGAGGAAGAAGAUAUGAUUCCGCCAAGGAAAAGAUCUGGAAAGGUGAGCGCGACUGGACUACACCUCCACCACCUUCUUUUUCUGGUAAGUAUUUCAGUGAGAAGGAGCUCAGUAGAAGUGGGAAUCAGCUUGUGAAAAGGGCGCCCAGACAUGAAGCUGGUAUACUUGGCAGGGCACCGAAGAUCAGUUCAAAAAUUGUGGAUGAAGAUGGUUAUGAUAUCAGCAAUGGCAAAAACUAUGCUAGAGAAUACUCUUCAGGUAAUAGAUUUAAGCGACAAGGUGCUGACGGAGACCACAGUGAGCGGAAACAUUAUCGUGGUGAGCCUGAUGAUUUUACAAGCAGUAAGAGCAGAAAGCUUUCUGAGAAUGGUACUCGAUCACUGUACCCGUUGGAACAGCAUUCACUCCGGUCUGCAGAGAGAUAUAGAAAUGCAUCCUCUUCAUCUCGAGACAGGUAUUCUUCUCGGCAUUAUGAAUCUUCAAGAGUGGCUUAUGAUAAGUACAACAGCAGUCCUUACCGUUCUGAGCGGUCCCCACGUGACCGAACUCGCCAUGAUCAUCGCGAACGAAGUCCUGGCCAUCUUGAUCGGUCUCCCCAUGAUCACAGCAGGUCUCCAUAUGAUCGGAAUCGUCAUUAUGACAGGAGUAAGUCUCCGUAUGAUAAAAGUUAUCCGGUUGACAGCAGUAAAUCCCCUUUUGAUAGGAGCCGCCAUUCUGAUUACCGAAAGCGCAGUCCUACUCAUUCAGAGUGGUCCCCACGUGAUCAAACUAGGUAUUCCUAUCAGCGAGGUCGAAGCCCAAAUUUCUUGGAGCGUACCCCUGAUCAUGGGCGGCAUCGUGAAUCAGAUCGAAAGAGCGGGGGAAGCCAGAAGAAACAGAAUAAUGGAAGUAGAGGGGCAGAGGAGAAAUCAAACCAGAAGGAAGCGGCAGAAGAGAGGCCCAAUCUGAAGGAGCCAAAUGGUAGAGAGCUGCUAGCUUCAGUGAAAGAUUCUGAAGCUGGAAUCAUUAGUAAAAAUGGGUUACCACACAUUAACAAAGAAGAACCUGCUGCCCAACUUCCUGAUGUAAAUGCUGAUGAAGUUAUUCAAGAAAAUGGAGCUGCUGAGGAGCAUGUCUCAAUGGAAGAAGACAUGGACAUAUGCAACACGCCUCCGCAUGACCCUCUGGUUGGAGUUACUGUCACUGGGAAAUGGGUCUAUCUUGACUACCUUGGUGAGGAGCAGGGACCUUCCAGGUUAUGCGACCUGAAGAAACUCAUGGAAGAAGGUUUUCUUGUGUCAGACCACUUGGUCAAGCAUCUUGACAGUGACAGGUGGGUAACUGUUGAGAAGGCAGUCUCACCACUGGUGACUCCUAAUUUUACUUCCGUUGUGUCUGAUGCUGCAGCAGAGUUGGUCAGCCCUCCAGAGGCUCCUGGUAACCUUCUGGUGGAUAAUGAUGAUCUUGUUGUAGAUUCUAGCUGUCAGGUUGCUCAGGGGAUUCCACUUCCAUUUGAUCUGUCAUCUCAUCAGAAAGACUUUUUAGCUGCAACAGAGCAUGCGGAAGAUCUACGCAUUGAUGAGAGAGUUGAUGCAGUUUUAGAUGGUGUUACUGUUGUUCCUGGAAAAGAAGUUGAGAUAGUUGGAGAAGUGCUUCACAUGAUGUCCGAGGAUGAUGAUUGGGAGAGAUGGAGAAAGAUUGAAGGGUUCACUUGGCAUCAAGUUGAUUUGGGUGAAAACGAUCAACAAUCUGGUGAAAUGGCAACUAUUUGUGAGUCUGCUUUGAGAGAGGAUUUGGAGUUGAGGCCUUCUGUGCUGUCACCGUUGGAGAAGGAUAGUGCUUGUGCAUAUGAAGAUGUUGAAAGUUUUUCUGGUCAAUGGCCAUGUAAAGGUGGGGAUUGGAAAAGGAUUGAUGAAACUGCGCAUGACAGAACUUUGAGAAAGAAACUUGUUCUAAAUGACGGCUAUCCUCUUUGCCAGAUGCCUAAGUCUGGCUUUGGGGAUCCUAGGUGGCAUAGGAAAGAUGAGUUGUAUGCUCCUUCCCAAAGCAGAAGGCUUGAUCUUCCGCCCUGGGCCUUUACCCCUCCCGAGGAUGGGAAUGAUAAUAGUGGUGCAAACAGAUUGGGUCAGAAUAAACCUGGUGUUGCCAGGGGGACCAGAGGAAUGAUGCUUCCUGUGGUGCGGAUAAAUGCUUGCGUUGUGAAGGACCAUGAUUCGUUUGCCUCUGAUGCUCGGAUGAAAGCAAGGGGUAAGGAUAAAUACUCUUCAAAGUCUUCAAGAAAUUACUCAAUGACUAAUGAAACAAGGAGGCCAUCAUCUGAAGGUCUUUCUCGGCCCAAAAGCAUGCAUGAGAAAGACUCACCUGGCUCUUGGAAGAGCAACAAAUCCUUCAGUGUCCCGAAGGAUCAUGUUUGUACUGCAGAUGAGCUACAGUUGAAUUUAGGUGAGUGGUACUACAUUGAUGGUGCUGGGCACGAACGAGGACCUUUAUCGUUUUUAGAGCUGCAAGUCUUGGUCGAUCGAGGUGUAAUUCAGGAAUAUAGUAGUGUUUUCAGAAAAAUGGAUAAAGUUUGGGUUCCAGUAACAUCAGCUGCUGAAACUUCUUGGCCCACUAAAAGUUUUGAAUUAACUGCUGGUAAAUGGAAUAGUAUUGCUAAUUCUGGUGGUAACAAGGAAACUUCCAGUAUGUUUCACACCUUGCAUCCUCAGUUCAUUGGUUAUACCCGGGCAAAGCUCCACGAGUUGGUGAUGAAGUCGUAUAAAAGUCGCGAGUUUGCUGCGGCAAUAAAUGAAGUUCUUGAUCCUUGGAUAAAUGCAAGACUACCGAAAAAAGAGACGGAAAAACACAUCUACAACACUUUUUUCCAGAAACCAGAUCAAUUGCGUACUGGCAAGAGACAACAUAUGGACGGUAGCGAGGAUGAAUGUGAGAUGGAGGAUGUACCUCUGCAGGAUGAAUUGUCUUUUGAUGAUGUUUGUAAUACUGCUACUUUUGGAGAAGAAAGUUCAGAUUCUGAAGUUGGGGCUGGACCCUGGGUCCAGUUGGAAGGACGUGUACUGGCCAGAGUGUUUCAUUUUCUGAGAGCUGACAUGAAAUCUCUCGUUAAUGUUGCUAUGACUUGUAAAAUCUGGAGAUCAGUGCUCAAUUGCUAUAAGAAAGCAUCUAGACAAAUAGACUUGUCUUCUAUACCCCAGUGCAACGAUGCUAUGCUGCAGAAUAUAAUGAAAGAUUAUGAUAAAGCAAAUGUAUGUGCCUUGGUCUUACGUGGUUGCACCGGCAUUUCUUCUCGCACGGUUGAAGAAGUUCUUCAGGCAUUCUCCAGUUUAUCUUCAGUGGAUAUUAGGGGUUGCAGCCAGUUAGAAGAUUUGGCCUUGAGUUUUCCAAAUAUUAACUGGAUACAGAGCCGUGCAACUCAUUCAAAAACAAGGAGUAUAAUGCAAGUGACAGAUAAAAGUUCAUUGGCUUCUAAAAUGUUGCCUGGUCUGGACAUUCAUACUGAUGAUUCGAGUGGUCUCCGACAUUAUUUGGAGAGUUCUGACAGGAGAGACUCCGCCAGUCGAUUAUUUCGACAGAGCCUGUAUAAACGCUCAAAACUGUAUGACGCUAGAAAAUCCUCGUCAAUCUUAUCCCGGGAUGCCCAUUUGAGGCGAUUGGCUAUGAGAAACGGGUAUAAGAGGAUGGAGCGACUUAUUGCUUUGAGCUUAAAGGACAUAAUGAAGGAGAACACUUUUGAUUUGUUUGUACCUAAGGUUGCUGAGAUUGAAAACAAGAUGAGGAGUGGUUAUUAUGCGGGUCGCGGUUUGAGUUGUGUCAAGGAGGAUAUUCGCCGUAUGUGCAGGGAGGCUAUAAAAUCAAAAAACCAAGGGGAUGCCAGAAAUAUUAAUCGAAUUAUUACAUUAUUUAUUCGUCUGGCUACAAGUUUAGAUGGUGGUUCUGAGUCAUCUUUGGAAAGAGAUGUUAAGAGUCGGAAGGAUGAUUCUCCUCCAGGGUUCGCCUCAACUUCUGCUAAGCAUAGGAGGAAAGUCACAGAAAAGAAAUACAGCAACAGGAGUAAUGGUUCUGCUUUAGUGAAUGGUAUUUCAGAGUAUGUUGACUAUGCUUCUGAUAGGGAAAUCAAGAGGCGUUUAUCAAGGUUAAACAAAAAAUCUAUGGACUCGGAAAGUGAAACAUCUGAUGAUUUGGAUAGAUCGUCUGAUGCUACUGACAGUGAGAGCACUGCUUCUGACACUGAAAGUGACCCUGAUUUGAAGUCUGAAACUGGAGCCAGGGAGUCAAGAAAAGACACGUACUUCCCACCAGACGAUGGGCUUGAUUCUUUGGUUGAUGAACGAGAAUGGGGUGCUCGAAUGACGAAGGCUAGCCUUGUUCCUCCUGUCACCAGAAAGUAUGAAGUCAUUGACCAAUAUGUUAUUGUGGCGGAUGAGGAAGAAGUUAAAAGAAAGAUGCAUGUUUCUUUACCUGAGGAUUAUGCUGAGAAGCUCAAUGCACAGAGAAAUGGUACUGAGGAGUCUGAUAUGGAGAUCCCCGAGGUGAAGGAAUAUAAACCAAGAAAGCAAUUAGGAGAUGAGGUGAUUGAACAGGAAGUUUAUGGGAUUGACCCUUAUACUCAUAAUCUUCUUCUUGAUUCUAUGCCUGAGGAACCGGAAUGGUCUCUCCUUGAUAAACAUGUAUUUAUUGAAGAUGUGCUCCUUCGCACUCUAAACAAGCAAGCUAGGAAAUUCACUGGUUCAGGAAAUACUCCUAUGAUGUAUCCAUUAAAGCCCGCGUUUGAGGAGAUCCUGGAUACGGCCGAGGAAGAUGAGGAUUGGAAAACUGUAAAGUUAUGUGAGUACAUUCUCAAGGCCAUUGACAGUCGUCCUGAUGACAAAUACGUGGCAUAUAGAAAGGGGCUUGGUGUGGUCUGCAACAAAGAAGGUGGCUUUGGUGAGGAUGAUUUUGUUGUUGAGUUCUUGGGAGAGGUUUAUCCUGCGUGGAAGUGGUUCGAGAAGCAAGAUGGGAUCCGGUCUCUGCAGAAGGAUAGCAAUGAUCCAGCACCGGAGUUUUACAAUAUACAUCUUGAGAGGCCAAAGGGUGAUGCUGAUGGGUAUGAUCUAGUAGUCGUUGAUGCAAUGCACAAAGCAAAUUAUGCUAGCAGGAUAUGCCAUUCUUGUCGACCUAAUUGUGAAGCAAAGGUCACUGCUGUUGAUGGACAAUACCAGAUUGGUAUCUACACUGUACGCCCAAUUCAAUAUGGUGAAGAGAUAACUUUUGAUUAUAAUUCUGUAACUGAGAGUAAAGAAGAAUACGAAGCUUCAGUUUGUUUAUGUGGCAGCCAGGUUUGCCGUGGGAGUUAUCUGAAUUUAACUGGUGAAGGGGCUUAUCAAAAGGUGCUGAAGGAGUACCAUGGAAUCCUUAACCGGCACCAGUUGAUGCUAGAAGCUUGUGAAUUGAAUUCAGUUUCAGAGGAAGAUUACAUUGCCCUGGGAGAGGCUGGACUGGGCAGUUGUUUGCUUGAUGGGUUACCAGAUUGGCUGAUUGCAUACUCUGCUCGUCUGGUGAGAUUCAUAAAUUUUGAGAGGACAAAGCUUCCAAAGGAGAUCCUUAAGCAUAAUUUGGAAGAGAAGAAGAAGUACUUUGCAGAGAUUUCCCUGGACUUUGAAAAGAGUGAUGCAGAAGUUCAGGCUGAGGGUGUAUACAACCAGAGGCUCCAAAAUUUGGCUCUGACCCUUGAUAAGGUGAGGUAUGUGAUGAGACGAGUUUUCGGUGAUCCGAAAAGUGCACCUCCUCCACUACGGAGGCUCACCCCCAGCGAAGUAGUUUCAUAUAUCUGGACAGGAGAGGACUCCCUUGUGGAAGGUCUUCUUCAAUGCAUAGCUCCUCAUGUCGAAGAUGGCGCGCUAAGUGAACUUAGGGCCAAUAUCCUUCGGCAUGAUCCUUCCAGCUCGGAUGAUAUUGGGUUGGGUCUUCGAAAAUCUUUGUUAUGGUUGCGAGAUGAGAUACGAAAUAUUACUUGUUCAUACAAGUGCCGUAAUGAUGCGGCUGCUGAUUUGAUCCAUAUAUAUGCCCAUACAAAAUGCUUCAUAAGGAUACAGGAGUACGAAACUGUUACUUCUCCACCUGUGUACAUUAGUCCUCUUGACCUCUGCCCCAAGUUGGCUGAUAGGCUGGGCUCGCAAGAGCACGAGUUCUGCAAAACAUAUGGCGAGAAUUAUUGUUUAGGGCAGCUGAUGUACUGGCAUAACCAAGCUAAUGCUGAGCCAGAUGCUAGCCUAGCUAGAGCAAGCAGGGGCUGCUUGUCCUUGCCUGAAAUAGGUUCCUUUUAUGCAAAAGCCCAGAAGCCAUCGCGCCAGCGUGUCUACGGUCCUAGGACUGUAAAGUUUAUGCUUUCAAGAAUGGAGAAGCAGCCACAGAGACCUUGGCCAAAGGAUAAAAUAUGGUCAUUUACAAGUAAUCCCAAAGUUUUUGGCACUCCUAUGCUGGAUGCAGUUUUAAAUAAGGCGUCCCUGGACAAGGAGAUGGUGCAUUGGUUAAAGCACAGACCUCCCAUUUUUCAAGCUAUUUGGGAUAGGUGAAAUUUUUUCGCUGGCAGGCAGGCAGGCAGGCAGGCAGGCAGGCAUGUAGAAGCAGCAGCAGCAUUAGGUUGUUACCCUAACCAUAGUCAUUGUUUUUCGGAUGGUUUUAUUUAGGAGUUUAGUUGCAGCUGCUGCAUUUGAGGUAGGGAGCAGGUGGCUCUAUGGACGUUGAAGAAAUCAUAUCCGUUAUGCUCCAAAUCCUCGACAUUCUUGUGUACAGUUUUUUUUUUACUUUCCGUUUUUUGGGUUCUUUUCUCUUUGGCCCCUUAUUUUAGUUUUAUUCUUUCUCUAGCUUUGAUUAUAAUCUGUAAUUUAUCAUUAGUUGUAGAUAGAUGGUUCGAUUGGAGUUUAAUGGAAAUGGCUCAAAGGAAGAAGUUUGGAUAGUUUCGUGUUCAACCCUAAUUGCCUACCCAUUUUUUUUUUGCCUCUCAUUGUAAUAGUCAAUUUUGUUUCAAUGUUUGGUUCAAUAAAUGGGAUUAUUAAAAUGGGAUGAUCAGACUGUGGAAGUAUAAUAUGAAAUCAAAUAUCUACUGUAUAUCUAUAUUGUUAGGAUUCUGUGUUGGAGGAGCAUUUGUUUCUGAGUUCAAGGAUAGGAUAGUUUUCAAUUUUGAUUUUAACAAUUUCAAUAUUUUUAGCGGACAGGGUAUUGGUCGAAGCUGAUUAGUGUGGAUGUGUUGCAAGAAUGAUGAUGGUGAUGAUUUGAUUUAUUU